ACCACUCCCCACCCACUUCCCACCCAUCCCCUCCCCCGCAGUCCCGCCUCCCCCACGCAGCGCCACUCCCCAGGCGGAAAAAAAUCCCUCGGAUUCCCGCCUCGGACCACGCGGCCCGCCCCGAUCGCCGGCGAGCUCCCCGACCCCCGGCGUUUCUCAGGAUUCGGAGGUUUGGCCCCCGGAGGAGGAGCGGAGGAUCCGGCGCCCAUGUCGGGCCACCUCGAUCGCCUCGCGCGCCCAGUCUCAGGUUUUGAAGGUUGUUCAAGUCACGAUGACAGGAGAUCAUAUGAGAGGAGAUCAGAUUUUGAAAUCUCUGAAGAUGAAAAGAAGACAAGAAUGGGCUCUUUGAAGAAGAAAGCUAUAGAUGCAUCGAGUAAGCUUAGGCAUUCCUUAAAGAAAAAGAACAGGAGGAAGAGUGGCAGUCGGGUUCUCUCUGUGUCUAUUGAAGAUGUGCGUGAUCUAGGGGAACUGGAAGAGGUAGAAGCAUUUAGACAGGCGCUAAUUUUGGACGAAUUGUUGCCUUCAAGGCAUGAUGACUAUCAUAUGCUGCUGAGAUUCUUAAAGGCAAGGAAAUUUGACAUUGAGAAAGCAAAGCAAAUGUGGACUGACAUGCUUCAAUGGAGGAAGGAAUAUGGUACUGAUACAAUUGUUGAGGAUUUUGAUUACACUGAGUUGGACACUGUUCUGGAAUACUAUCCUCAUGGUUAUCAUGGCGUUGACAAAGAGGGGAGACCUGUUUAUAUCGAAAGGCUUGGAAAGGUCGACCCUAACAAGCUUAUGAAUGUGACAACUAUGGACAGAUAUGUAAGGUACCAUGUGAAGGAAUUUGAGAGGAGCUUCUUGAUCAAAUUUCCAGCAUGCUCUCUUGCGGCUAAAAGACACAUCAAUUCGAGCACAACAAUUCUGGAUGUUCAGGGUGUGGGUUUGAAAAAUUUCAGCAAAACUGCACGCGAAUUAAUUAUGCGACUGCAGAAAGUUGACAACGAUAACUACCCUGAGACUUUACACCAAAUGUUUAUAGUCAAUGCUGGCCCGGGCUUUCGGAUGCUAUGGAGCACCGUGAAAUCUUUCCUUGACCCAAAAACCACUUCCAAGAUACAUGUACUUGGGAACAAGUGUCAAAGUAAGCUACUUGAAAUAAUUGAUGCUAGUGAAUUGCCAGAAUUUCUUGGUGGCACUUGUACCUGUCCCGAAUAUGGAGGGUGCCUCAAAGCUGAAAAAGGGCCAUGGAAGGAUGCAAACAUACUGAAGAAAGUCCUUAAUGGCGAGGCUCAGUGUGCUCGGCAGAUUGUAACUGUUUCCAAUGGGACGGAAACUAUUAUUUCUUAUCCCAAGUCUAAGUACCAAAUGGUACGUGGAAGUGAUACAUCAACUGCGGAGUCUGGAUCUGAAGCGGAAGAUGUAACUUCCCCCAAAGCUCUAAGAAGUUACAUCUCCCAUCCUAAGUUGACCCCAGUUCGUGAAGAGGUCAAGAUGAUCAGGGCCACUAGCUUUUCUACCCGUAUGCCUGAAUAUGAUGUUCCUGUUGUUGACAAAGCAGUGGAUGCAACAUGGAAGAGAGAACUGCCUCGGAAGGCGCCUGUCCCGCCCAAAGACUCUUCUUUGGCUACCACCACAAAGGCAUCCAACAGGUCUUUGGAUCAGAUUAUUCCAGCUCUGAUGGCUUUUGUGAUUGCUAUUGUAACGCUGCUUCGGUCAGUUAAAGAUGUUGCGACAAAGAGAUUGCCAGAUAAAAACGAGUCAGACGAACAAAGUUCUGCAGUAUAUCAAGACUGCAUUCCAAAAGAGGAGUUCCGCCCCCCGUCACCAGGUCCUGGGUUUGCUGAAUCUGACCUGUUCUCGUUAGUCUUGCAAAGGCUGGCAGAGCUUGAAGCGAAGGUUCAUGCGCUUGAAGCAAAACCUUCUGAAAUGCCUUGCGAGAAAGAAGAGCUGCUUAAUGCCGCUGUCCGCCGCGUGGAUGCACUGGAAGCCGAACUCAUUGUAACAAAGAAGGCCCUGCAUGAGGCUCUUAUCAGGCAAGAGGAACUACUUGCUUAUGUGGACAGGAAGACAAUUGCCAAGGCCCAGAAAAAGAAGAAGAAGCCGAUGUCUUGCUACUAGGACACAAGGAGAGAGAGAGAGAGCCCCCUUUGGUUCCAGUUUUCUUUUCUCUGAGAUGCCGGAGAUGGCGUUUGAGAUGAUGUAAACGGUUGAUCCGUUCGUUUUCCUGACAAAUGUGAAAAGGACAGACAUAUGGGUUUGUAAAUGGACAGAAAAUCCUGACAUAAAUAAAAUGUGUUUUUGCGCUGAA